AACCGAAGCUUCUCCAUACGUUCGAGUAAAGGGCAGCGCGCAGGCGCCCAAAAUGGCGGAGGCGGCCACGCAAAUCGCAACCGAGGCGGUUUUCUCAAGUCGCUGCGCGGCCCGCUGAACCACCAGCCCGAGCUCUCGCGACGGCUGUAUAAGCUCAUCAAGUCGGAGAACACCCUGGUAGGUGCGCACGAGACGGCCGGGCGGGAGCGCAUCUCGAUCGCCACGCAGCUGUCCGAGUGGGGCGAGCGGACGCCCGACCCGGCCGUCGCCGACCUUUCGGAUAAACUGGGCGUCAUCCUGGCCGAGAUGGGCGAGCAGGAGGAUGCAUACGCGCAUGCGAUCGAGGACAGCCGCUCCAUGCUCAAGCACAUUCGCAACACGGAGAGAAGCGUCCAGCCGAGCCGGGAGAACCGGGGAAAGCUGGUGGAUGAGAUUGCGCGGCUCAAGAGCAAGGAGCCGCAGAGCGCAAGACUGGUGAUCCUCGAGCAGGAGCUCGUCCGCGCCGAGGCGGAGAAUCUGGUGGCCGAAGCGCAGCUGUUCAAUAUUACAAGGAAAAGCCUCAAAGCAGCCUACGAAGCCGAAUUUCUCGCCACCAUUGAGCGUGCAGAGAAACAGAUCAUCCUCGCCCGACACGGCAGACGACUACUCGAACUUCUCGACGAGGAGGCAGUGGUCCCCGGAGCAGCCAUUCCCGAUUACCAUGGAGCGGCUGACAGCCGGCAGAUAGUGUGCGACUGCGAAGACGACCUCGGGAACUGGCGGCCAGAUUACCGCUUGGAGUCUGAGCAGGCGUCAUCAUCGACUCCGGCGAUGAGCGAGACCAACGGCAGCAAGAAGGAGACGGCCGCGUCUCCGGUGCCAGAAACCACCGCAGGUAAGGACGGCCCCAUCCAUGACCUUUCCCGGGGGCGGAAAACGGGAAAGCGAAUGAAGUGGCGUAGGUGGCCAGCCCACAUAGCAUUUCCAGCGCGGGCUACAUUUUUCGACACGACAGGAGAGCCUUUCCCGCCCGUCGCGAUGCUGUCCAGGCCAUCCACCACACGUUACAUUUGCCGAAGGUGUAACGACGUCGUCAAGAGGUCAAGGACAGCAGCGCGCUCAUAUACAAGCAUCAGCGGAUCCAAGCUCGACAUUUACGAUGUUGUCUGCGUAGGAGGUGGCCCAGCCGGACUUAGUUUGUUGACUGCACUAAGGGCGAACCCAGCUACCGCCGGACUCCGAGUUGCCCUCGUCGAGGCGCAGGAUCUCUCCAAGCUAAGAAACUGGAGCCUUCCCCCGAAUCAGUACUCAAACCGAUGCAGCUCUCUCACGCCAUCGUCCGCACAUUUUCUCGACUCGAUCGGCGCAUGGUCUCGCCUGGACCGGCAGCGCGUGCAGGCAUAUCAAGAGAUGCAGGUCUGGGACGGUGUCACGGGGGCACGCAUAGAAUUCGACUGGGCAGGAGGAUCGGCAGAGGCGGCGCGCGGCAACACCAUCGCCUACAUGGUGGAGAACCUCAACCUCACCUCGGGCCUGCUGCGGCGCCUAGAGGAGCUGGGCGGCGUCGAUGUGUUUGACAAUGCGAGCGUCGAAGACAUCGCGCUCGGCAAGGACACCGAGGAGAUGGACCUGUCCGAGUGGCCCGUCGUCAGCCUCGCGGGCGGCAGGCAGCUGUUUGCGAGAUUGCUCGUGGGCGCUGAUGGCGCCAACAGCCCCGUGAGGUCUUUUGCCGGCAUUGAGGCCAAGGGCUGGGACUAUGAUAGGCAUGGAGUGGUCGCCACCCUGAGGCUCGAAGACGACAUCGCGGCACACGACAGCAUGUACAGGGUUGCGUACCAACGUUUCCUGCCCUCGGGUCCGAUAGCCUCGCUCCCCAUGCCGGGUAAUUACUCCACAUUGGUGUGGUCUACGACACCCGCCUACGCGGCCCUCCUCAAGAGCCUCUCGCCAGCCGACUUCACCGCCAUGGUCAACGCUGCCUUCCGUCUGAGCCCCGUGGACCUGGAGUACAUGCACACGAUACCAUCCGGACAAGCCGACGAGCUGGCCUGGCGACUGCAGCACGCCACCGUUGACGCGCCGCCGUCACCGCGAGCGCUGCCCGCCCCGGUUGUGGAGGUGCAGGAGGGCUCGGUCGCGUCGUUCCCGCUCCGCAUGCGGCAUGCAGACACGUACGUUGGCGAGCGCGUGGCGCUGGUCGGCGACGCCGCGCACACGGUGCACCCGCUCGCCGGGCAGGGCCUGAACGCGGGCCAGGGCGACGUCGAGAGCCUCUCGCGGACCAUCGCCGAGGCCGUGGCGCACGGGCAGGAUCUUGGCACGCGCAUGUCGCUCGAGCCGUACGAGGCGGAGCGGUACGCGGCCAACCAUGUCAUCCUCGGGGUCUGCGACAAGCUGCACAAGCUCUACUCGGUCGGCAGCGGGCCGUUGGUGCCGCUGAGGUCGUUGGGCCUGAGUGCGGUCAACGCCGCGAGGCCGCUCAAGAACUUUUUUAUGAACCAGGCCGCCGGGAAUGGGUUCAAGCUGUUUUGA